AUGGAGUCAGGGAAAAAGGGUGAGGCAACUACAGUUACAAUACAUGAAAAAAAGAACACUUCCAAAGGGAAAGGUGUUACCUGGGAUGUUCCUCAUUCUGCAGAUUCAGUUUCAACAAAAACUGGUUCACACCCAAGACCUGCAGGAUGGAAAAAAGGAAUUGCAAUUGCAGAUUUCGUCCUGAGACUCGGUGCCAUAGGGGCUGCUAUAGGUAGCGCCGUUAUCAUGGGAACCAAUGAAGAACAACUUCCAUUUUUCACACAGUUCCUCCAGUUUCAUGCUGAAUGGAAUGACUUUCCCAUAUUCCAGUUUCUGGUGGUGGCAAAUGGAAUAAUCAGUGGAUACCUUAUUCUUUCCCUUCCCUUCUCAUUUGUGUGCAUUGUUCGACCCCAUGCAGUUGGACCAAGGCUUCUACUCAUAACAUUGGACAUAGUAAUGAUGGGUUUAAUCACAGCUAGUGCUUCAUCUGCUGCUGCGAUUGUGUACUUAGCUCAUAAUGGGAGUCAAGAAGCAAAUUGGAUUGCUAUUUGUCAAGGGUACACCAACUUCUGCCAAGCUGCUAGUGAGGCUGUGGUCAUUUCGUUUCUUGCAGCAAUUUUCUUCGUGUGUUUGGUCUCGCUCUCUGCUUUCGCUCUUAUAAGGAAUUGA